AUGAUCCUCGGCUCUUCUUCGACAAAUUUUGCUGUUGAUUCUGAGAGGCAUGUCUAUACUCUAUGCGGCAACAGCGUCGCAAUAACUUCGGUAGAUGGAAAUUCAUGCGAAUGGCAGCCCGAUAAAGGACUUUAUGAGGUCACGUGUAUAGCAAUCGCGCCAAAGUCAGGGAUCAUUUGUGUAUCAAAAAAGUCUCUUUCCGUUGCUCUUCUCUUUUUCAGAGUAUCAAAGCUUCGAAAGAUUGGUGAGAUCCCCUCCAUUGCUCAAGUAGAAGUACAACAACUUGCCUAUUUGCAUGACGAAACAGCCCUGCUUGUGCUCUGCAAUUACCCGUCUAGCGUGGUCAAGAUAUUAAAUUCCUCGGGUGCAAACGGUAUGUUUGCUAUUUCGAAAACAAUUAAUUUAGCAGACACGUUUUUUAGCGGCCUACUAUUUGGCAAGUUUCGUGGCACAAGUUCUGAUGUGAUUCUCUGGGGUGAGCAUUGUAUCCAGGUAUACACACUUAAGGAAACCGAAAGUGACUAUACCCAAUGUGUAUCCCAUGGGAACAUCGACGACACGAUUACAUGUGGAUGUGUUACACAAAAAGGGAUACUCUUUGGAUUUGCAUCGGGUAAGGUUUCUUUCCUUGAUCCUGUUGGAGAGGCAUUGUCAGUUGUGGUCUUCUGCCGUUCUGAAGUGUCAGGUUUGGUUCUUGACAAUUCCUCAGACAAUAUCUUCUUGUUUCAAGUCGACGGGCUUCUCCUUCGACUUUCCGGCACUGCGCCCAAUUAUCAGGUAACCCCUUGUUGUCAAGUACCCUCCAUUGGCAAACACACGACAAUCUUUUCACUAGCGCAAAACACCGGUUCCAUUUGCGAGCUAAUUAUAUCGACUGGCCUUGGGGUUUACCGAUGUAUUGAAGAAGAUAAUAACUGGGGUAUGUUUUCUAUACGACAGAAGUUGCAUAAACCCAUAAAAAAAUGUCAUGCCCUAAAAGGAAAUCAAGGUGUUGUUUGUGUUUCUGGGGACGGCAUGCUUUUCACACUUUUUAUUCACAAAAAUGAGGUAUGUGAGUGGCGCGAGCCUGUACGGGAAGCUGAAAGGGGCGAAAUUAUCGACUCUUGCAUUACAGCAGCCGGUAAACUUGUGCUUGUUUCUCGGGAUGGUAUCUUUUACAAGGAUCCGUUGAAUGGGGGUAAUUUGGAUCAUGUGCCCAUAUCAACCACUAGUGAUGUCCAGUUGCGAUGCACCGUAAAUGAUUUAGGAACGUUAGUCUGCUUUACUCCAGAAGUCCUAUAUUUUUUCCAUUGUACGGAAGCAAGCCUACGCCCAUGCGGCUCUGUCAACAUCGGUGAUUUCACCUUUUCGCUUACGAUUAAGUCGAUCUGCGGACUUCCAGGGGAGAACGCCUUUCUGCUUGCGAGUUCAAAUGGGGAGCUUUCUCUCAUCAGUGUCCCUUCCUCAGCGGCAAUGAUAGAUAUAGAUGACCCCUCCGAGGGACUACUGAAGGGCUCUUGGAGGCUAGACUUCCCCGUGGAAGCGAUGCAUCCAUGUUAUGUGUCCGACGAAGCCAUCAACAUCCUGGUGGAGUCCAUCGAUAAGGACACGAAGGUGUAUGCUCUGAGUCGACGCAGCGAAGAAAAGGACUCGGUCAAGGUGCUCCGUCCAAUCUUCCUCAUGCGCGACCAUUCAGCCGGGGGCCGAUGCCUGUGCCCUGUUGGGACCACCGCAGUUUGCACUGGCGGAAAGGACGGGCGCCUUGUCUGGCGCGACAUCGGUGUCUAUCAAAAACGGCUUCCUGCGUUACCGCCUUCAAAGGAAAAACGCAAGCCACUGAAGGAAUUGACGGCGUGUCACUUUGCAGGUGGUGGAGUCACCACCAUUUGCGCUCUGGACGAUGCGAUAGCGUGCGUCGGAAACCAGACAAGUUUCCUCAAAAUAAUACUGGAAGCGACGCCCACAACAUUUUCGACGACUAGUGCGUGGAAGGAGCCUCAAUGGGUCUCCCGUGGAACGGGUUCAGGCCCAUACGAGAUCAGCUCACCAGACAUUUCGAUGACGGCACCACAGGUCACGAUAAAGAAAUCUAAAGAUGGGGAAGAUAUGUUAAAGAGAUCGGUCCAAGACAAGUUGAGCAACAUUCGGAAAGAAUGGAACAAUAUUGUCCAGCCAGAAUGGUUCGACAGGGUGUCUGCUGAGAGUCUUCUUCCCCCAUCUCUGCGGGAGCAGUUUGAAGACAAGUGCGUGAAUACUGUGUUUAAUACGAAGGAUACAGAGUAUUAUCGACUCCUGGAGAACGAACAUACGCAGGAUGUCAUAAAGGCACGGUGCUGCGCACCUAUGGAGGUGGUUCGAUCAAAAAUCGUUAGUAUUAACGGAGGCCUCGAGGUUCACAACUUUCACAUUGCAAAGAGUAUCCGCCCACACAAAAGACUAGCAGAGAAGUGUGUGUUUCUGCGCAAUCUUCAACUAAAAGCCGCACAAGGAUCUCGAACGAUACAAGUAUCUGAAAAUGCUUCCCAAAAGGCACAGUUGGCUAAAAAUGUGCUUUUGGAGUCUCAAAAUAGGCAUGUUUCUAGGUUAUACUCUCCCUUCGAGAUUUACACAACGGGGAGGGCUGCGUUCCAGACUAUUCUUCUAAGAGGUGUGAUGCUGAGCCUCAAAGAUGGUUUUAACCAGCGCUAUGAUGAGAUCUUUCAAAAAAAGAAGGUCAUUCUCUCUGUUAUCGAAGAGAAAACGAAUCAAUGCUUGCGGAUUGUAAAGCAGCUUGGGGAGGAAUCAUCCUUCACUAAACUUUUCACACCACACAUCGAUUUUGAAGAGGAUCCAAAUACGGUUUUCACCGUUCGUGAAGAGGAGCUUGAAGAAAAAUUCGAUGCUUUUUACCCAAAAAGCAGGAGUCGUGUAUUGUUUCGCCGUCGAAUGAGGCUGCAUUGA